GAAGAAGUCAGAUGACUUCCUGAGGCUGACUUGCAGGGCUUUAAAAGAGCAGCACUCACAGGGUCUCUGGUCAGUGUUUCUCAUGGUCUGAGCAGGCUGGAGUUUGGCUGCAAGGCAUCGACCAGCUUUACUUUACUGGAACUUUAAGAUCAGUACAGCUGCUGAUCCCUUCCUGGUGUGAUCUCAUCAUGGAUGUCGCUAACGCCCUGGUUGAAAAAAUCUUUUCCUUUGGGGCUCUGCUGAAAAAAUGUGCAGACAAGUUGGACAAAUUGGCCAACGAGUUGGAGGAAAAUAAGAAAAAUGUUAAUGUCACUAAAGUUGUUGGUAGUACUGUGUCUGUAGGCGGGGCAGCUGCCAUGACUUUAGCUGGUGUAGCAACCUUGUUCACAGGUGGAGCAGCAUUACCUGUUAUAGCUGCUGGUGGUGCAAUAGCAUCCUGGGUUGGUUUAGCUACCAAUGUGACUACUGAUGUUGUGGAUGCCAUCGUUUCAAGUUCCACCUUAAAAGAGGCAGAAGAGGUCUCGAACAAGAUUAAAAACCUUCAUGCAAAAAUGGAGAAACUUGUGGAGUCACUGAAAAAGGAAGUGCAGAGGAGAGCAGAGGACAAUGGUUCCUGCGGCGAUGUGAUGGAAUACAUCCUGAGAGCAAUGGCCGAACGCAACGGACUGAAACUGCACGACAGUGUCAGCUUAAAAAAUAUCAUGUCUUAUGUCUUCAAAGAUGUGAUGUCUGUGGAAGCUCUUUUUCAUCAUACUCUGCUGUCAAUAGGCCUGUCUGUCCUUUCCCAAGCAGCCAGAGGAGCAGGAAAACUUGUGGCUGAACGUGUGGGAGGAAAAGCAGCAGGGAAAGCGGCAGGAAAAGCAGCAGGGAAAGCAGCAGGGCAAGCAGCAGGGAAAGCUGUAGGACGGAUCGCAGGAGGAGCAGUUGGACUCGUGUUCUCAGUCCCAGAGCUCAUUGAGAACUGCAAAAGCCUGGACUGCUGUCAGACAGAUGCUAGUAAGAACCUGAGAGAGAAUGCUGAAUCCAUACGUGCCGACUCCAAGGCGAUGCAAAGGGAACUUGAAAAAAUCGAAACAAUAUUUCGGAGGCUCGCCAGAGUUAAACACUGCAUUGAAAACCCACUGAGGAGCAGAGCUGACAGGGAAUUUUUAAUAGAGUUUGUACAGGAACAGUGUAAAGAUCAGGAACAAUCUGAAGUUAUCCAGAAAUGGCUGAUAGAAAACGUAGAGUCUCAAGUCCUCUUUCAACUUGUGGACAUGUUUAAUUGUAUAAGAGAAAAGAUUGAUGAAGAAAAAAAGAAGAGACGAAGAAGAAAAAGGCCCGUUCGUAUCACCUUUGUAGCACAUGGAGAAAUAGACUCUGCCUACAUGAUUCCAGCCAGCUGUUUGAUGCCACUAUCCUCCAUCACAGAUGUAGUCUUAUAUUCUCCCUGGAACUGCUAUAUUACUGCUGAUGCAGCCUAUGGUAUCGCUACAGGGCUCAUAAGGCUGAAGGACAGAAUUUUUGUCUGUGCUGAUGAAGAAUGCUGUCGACCUUUUCAAAAAAACCAUCGUCCUGAUGUUCUGCCAGUGAGGUGGAAUUCAAUGCAGCGUGAGCAUCGUGUCAUUCCAAACAUAAAAGUGAGCCCGAUGAAUCCACCAGAAGAUGGUGCAUAUAUGCGGUUUAAGUUUUUGGAGGAGACACACGGGGCGCCUGGCCCAGACUAUGUUACAGUUCUGUAUUUGCCCCCAGGACCGGACGAUGUCCCAUUCUACAUUAUCACUCUAGUCUUGUCCCUGGUGCUCUUUUUCUGCGAUUAUGAAGCCACCCUCCAUCUUGCUGCCUGUCUGGGUGACACAUGUACAUCCACCCGUUACAUGUACAACAAGCAUUAUCUGCAGUUGCAAUAUGCCUACACUAUUGACAACACAGGAAUGACGAUUAGUUCUGACAAGUUCCCCAUCAAGGACCCUGAGCUGUACUGCGCUUUGAAGGCUCUCUUUGGCUCCACAUAUCCCAGGCGUUAGAGCUCGUGGCACUGUGGGACAAAUUGGAGAUUCAGUUAAUGAGCUCAGUUCAUUUUAUCUUUAAAGAUUUCUAGGUGGGACAUAAAUGUUUUAUUUAAAAACAGCUGAAUUCCUAAUGAAAUCUAGUCUCCCACAUGCAGACGUCACAGGUUUUAAAUAUGAUGUGCGACACUUGGAAUCACAGAGUCUUGCUCAAAGAUGAGUCCUGGAAAAAUAAACCGUAAUCAUCCUUUGCUCAGCUCUAUAGGGAGUUAUACAUUUGUGCUGGGUUGUUGUUGUUGUUUUUUUUUUUUGUUUGUUUGUUUGUUUUUCAGCUAUAAGAAGCUCGACUGCAGAGAAACUCUCUUGUAAUAAUUCCUAAAGUUAAUGACCAGUAGAGAUUUGGAUGAAUGAGUGGAUCUUCAUGAAUGAUGAAUUAAACAGUUAUGCAGAUGCAUUAAAGGUUGCACAUCUAUAUUAUGAGUCAUUAUGUCAUUUUUCUCCUGUUGUCACGUGAAGUUGUUGAAAAGUCGUGAAAAAUCAUGUUACUUAAAGUAACGUGAUUGUUUGAAUCUGGUUUGUGUGAUUGCCGUGUUUUUGACCCAGUUUUUGAUUAUUGUGUUGUGACUCAUCCUUUUGGAUGUCUGAGGUUUUCAUAUUUUAGCACUAUAUUAGUUCUCUCUUUGUUUAGUCGUUAGUUGUGUAUUUUCUGAGUUUUCAUUAUUUACUUUUCUAUCUCAGUGCUUAUUGUUGUUCAUGUUUGGUCCUUUGGUUUUUUUGUCUGCCUCUGUAUCAUCUGUGUGUCUCGGUCACAUACUCGUGUCUGUCUCCUUUCUGUUCUGCGUCGUGGAGCCAAGCUUACAUGUCUUAGUCUGAGUCUCAGUGUGUCUUUCUUGUACUUCCUGUUUUAUUUUGACAGUCUUCUGUAAUGUGCCCUUUGUGCUCAGUUUUGCUUCCACUGUUCAGGGUCCUAGUUUUGCCUGUUUCAGGUGGAGUUUCAACAUUUUGUGUAUUUGAGUUUGUUCAAUCUGUUAAUUAGCAAAUAAAUCUGCCUCUCUGAGUUCA